AUGGCGAUUUUUAAAGAAAAGCGUGGCAAAAAGGUGCACACUCCAACAACUUCAUCAAUAAAAUCUACGCGAAAUCCACCUAAACGGGUCAUUAAGAAAACAACAUCCCAUCCCCCAAAACAACUCAAUACCGGCGUGACGAUCUGCAAGAAACUGAUGAAUGCAAAUGAUGAUGCAUUGAAGAAGGAGAUAGCAUCACGAGCGAGGAAUUUCUACAACGGCGAAGAAGCUAAGACCCUUCAAAUCGACGUCGUUGCCAACCUUGCGCGAGGCCGGAACACUUUUCUGUUGGCUGGGACCGGGUAUGGAAAGUCGAGAAUAUCUGAAAUGUACUUCAAGCUCUUACCUCAAAACACGAAACCAGUUAUCCUUGUUCUGAACCCUUUGGAUGCUUUGGGAGAGAACCAGGUGGCAGAGAAACAAGGCAAGUUCUCUGCCAUCAAUCUGACAAAGCUUACUUUCAAUAAAAACGAGGCGGAUAAAAUUCAGCGGGGCGAUUACAAUUUCGUGUAUCUCAGUCCAGAGAUAUUCAUGAACAACAAGCUUUGGGAUUCAAUAUACUUCAGCACUGAGUUCCAACAAAGACUUGCGUUAGUAGUGGUGGACGAGGCGCAUAUGAUCUACCUCUGGGGUCUUGUGGAGACGCUACACUUACAAUCUCGAAAUAACGCACCUUUACUUAUGCUUUCAGCUACUUGUCGACCUGUGGCAAUUGAUGCCAUCUUGAAAAGCUUGAAACUUACCGAGGAUCUAAUCGACAUCAAGCGAGGCGAAUUGAGUCGGAAAGAGAUUCGCAUCAUUCAUAUCAAAAUGGACUGUUCUUUGCAAUCGAGUUUGGACCUACUGAAUGUUUUCCCCACGAAGCAAAAGACCUCAGAUGAGGAUCUUGUCCCAACUUUGAUCUACAGUGGAACUCGUGCGCGGACGUUUACGGUAUUGCAAGUGCUCGAUAUGGCUCGCGGGACGCCUCAGAACUGCUUGGAUCCAAAUAAUACACUGGCAAGACGAUUCCAUGCGUGUACCGGCGAUAAAGAUAAAGUAGAUGUGGUGGAAGGGUUUUCUAAAGGGCAAUUCCCAAUAAUAUCCUCGACCAUGGCACUUGGACUUGGUCAAAAUUGGAAGCGUGUUCGAUGCGUUAUCCACAUGGGCCGGGCUGAUCCUGAAAAUGUAAUGCAGAUGAUUGGAAGGUGUGGGAGAGAUGGGAAGGACGGUCUGGCGAUCCUAUUUGUUGAGGGAAAUCGCAAGGGUGGAAAAAAUGCAAUCAAUGAUUUUGUUAAUGUUCAGAAUCAAUCCGACGACGAUCGUAUGGAUGCACUUGCAAUUACUCCUGUUUGCCUUCGGGUUGCCUUUGCAAUUGACAAUAAACAUGGCUAUAUACCACUUUCCAAGACGGAUUCAAACUACAUUGCCGAGAUCGAUCGCGAGAAGUUAUGUCAGUUUCCUCCAUGCAGAUGUUCAAACUGCAAUGUCGAAUCAGGAAUGAAAUUAAUUGAAAAUCUGAAGGAAUUAUCUAUUCACAACUUCGAUGAUGCAAUGAAUGAUCGGGCCGAAUUUACUCAUGUGUCAAACGGCCAGACUUCUGUCAAGAGAAAGCAAACACGAUGUGGGAAAACAUUGUUGGGGGGUGAGGCCGGUAAGGAAAUUGUUGUUAAAUUCAAAGAGUGCUUGCUCUCAUCAUUCCGGGAGUACUACAAUAAUCGGAAGGCUCGCUCGUGUCGGUUCUCUGCUCAUGAUGUAUUCCGAGAGGAACAUGCCGAUGCGAUCAUUGCGAAUUUGGACAAUUUAGACGACUUAGAUUCUCUAGAGAGAAUAGUUGGGGGCGAAGUCAUAGAGGGACAGAUUGAAUUUAUACUGAAUUCAAUUGCAAGUUUUAAAAUCGGUUCGGACUACCAAAAUCAUCUCAAGAAUCAGGAACGACUAAAGGAGGAAGUGGAGGAGGCUAGGAAGAAGAAGAGAAGGGAAUCGGCGGCUCGGUAUCGCGCAAAGAAGAAGGCGAUGUUGGAGGAAGCUCGAGCGAAACAACAUAAAUCAAAUUAA